AGUGAAUUUAUCAUCGUAGUAAACGGUUGACAUUCAGAACUAUUUCGUAAGGCAUUGAAAACACCAUCCCAGCACUAUUCGAACAUAGCAAAAGAAAAUUCGUUGGUGUGCGAGGAAAUUGUGCAUUAAGUUGAAGGUUAUCAGAAAAUUAAAUUGCGUGUAAAAUAGCAACCGAAAAAGAUGACGGAAUACGGUGAUGGGGGUUCACAACUGACAUUCUUGGACACAGACGAUUUGAUAUUGGGUGCCGAUACACAGGCUACGGAUUUCGAUUUCCGUGACUUUACGAUACCCAGCCAAAGUCAAACGCAGGCAUCACAGUCCGAUUUGACUGGAUCUAGUCAGAUCAAUGGCAUUACCAAAGGACGUAAGGUGUUGCCGAUCAACAGCAUGGCCGAAUUGCAAUUCGAAGAGGAAGACGACGAUACGGUUUUGCCGACACAAGAAUUGCCACCGCACGCAUGUAAAUACUGCGGGAUUCAUGAACCAUCGACGGUUGUUAUGUGCAACAUUUGCAAAACGAAAUACAACAAAGAGAGAUGGUUUUGCAAUGGUCAAGGGAGCACAUCGGGUAGCCACAUAAUCAAUCAUUUGGUGCGGGCAAAACAUCGUGAAGUGACGUUGCACAGCGAUGGACCGUUGGGCGAAACAAUAUUGGAAUGUUAUUCGUGUGGCGUGCGGAAUGUUUUCGUUUUAGGAUUUAUACCAGCCAAAGCAGACUCUGUGGUCGUUUUGCUGUGCAGACAACCGUGUGCUGCUCAAAAUUCACUCAAGGACAUGAAUUGGGAUCAAGAGCAAUGGAAGCCGUUAAUCUCCGAUCGAUCGCUGCUAUCGUGGCUAGUGAAAAUACCGACCGAACAGGAACAGUUGCGGGCUAGACAGGUGUCGGCCGUGCAAAUCAAUAAACUCGAGGAGUUGUGGAAAGAGAAUGAAAAUGCGACGUUUCAAGAUUUGGAAAAACCGGGCGUCGAUAGCGAGCCAUCACAGGUACUGCUACGCUACGAGGACGGAUUUCAAUAUCAGAAAGUGUUCGGACCGUUGGUACGGUUGGAGGCAGACUACGAUAAACGUUUGAAGGAAUCACAAACACAAGAAAAUAUCGAGGUUCGAUGGGAUGUCGGUCUGAAUAAGAAGACGAUUGCGUAUUUCACCUUGGCAAAAACUGACGGCGACAUGAAACUGAUGCACGGCGAUGAAUUGCGACUGCGAUAUGUCGGUGAAUUGCACAAACCCUGGUCGGAUAACGGUCAUGUGAUCAAGGUGCCGGAUAAUUUCGGCGAAGACGUCGGGUUGGAAUUGAAGAACAGUCAAUCGGCGCCCAUCGAAUGCACAUCGAACUUUGUGAUCGACUUCAUUUGGAAGGGAACCUCAUUUGACCGGAUGCAGUUGGCUUUGAAUAAAUUCGCCGUCGACGAUAAUUCGGUGUCGAAUUACAUUUACUCGCGUUUGCUCGGCCACGGUCGACAUGACGGAUCCGAUGAGUUAACGUUCCGUUGUGCUAGUUUACCGAAACAUUUCAGUGCACCGAAUCUGCCAGAUUUGAAUCGUUCGCAGGUGUAUGCGGUUAAGCAUGCCAUCCAGAGGCCACUCAGCUUAAUCCAGGGACCUCCAGGUACUGGUAAAACCGUCACUUCUGCCACGAUCGUCUAUCAACUUGUUCAGCAAAAUGGUGGACCGGUUCUAGUGUGUGCUCCGAGUAACACGGCCGUAGAUCAGUUAACCGAGAAAAUCCAUCAAACUGACUUGAAAGUCGUCCGAGUGUGUGCUAAGUCACGUGAGGCAAUCGACUCACCGGUCAGUUUUCUGGCGUUGCACAAUCAAAUCAAGAACAUGACCAGCAACACGGAAUUGAAUAAACUGCAGCAGCUCAAAGACGAAACUGGUGAAUUAAGCUCGGCCGAUGAGAAACGGUACCGUAUGCUGAAAAAGUCAGCCGAACGGGAAUUGCUCGAAGCGGCUGAUGUUAUAUGUUGCACUUGCGUCGGUGCUGGUGAUCCUCGAUUGGCUCGCAUCAAAUUCAACAGUAUCCUGAUCGACGAGAGUAUGCAAUCGACGGAACCCGAGUGUAUGGUGCCGGUGGUUCUUGGUGCCAAGCAAUUGAUCUUGGUCGGUGAUCACUGUCAACUCGGUCCAGUUGUGAUGUGCAAAAAGGCAGCCAAGGCCGGCCUGUCGCAAAGUUUGUUCGAACGAUUAGUAGUGUUGGGUAUACGACCGUUCCGAUUGGAAGUGCAGUACCGGAUGCAUCCCGAAUUGUCCCAAUUUCCGUCCAACUUUUUCUACGAAGGAAGUCUGCAGAAUGGUGUUUGUGCGGACGAACGUCGGUUGAAGAUUGACUUCCCAUGGCCGGAAGCUGAUCGUCCGAUGUUUUUCCUAGUCACUCAAGGUCAAGAAGAAAUCGCUGGCAGCGGCACAUCCUACCUGAAUCGUACGGAAGCGUCAAAUGUGGAGAAAAUUACGACUCGUUUUUUGAAGUGUGGUGUUGAACCGUCACAGAUCGGCAUCAUAACGCCUUACGAAGGACAGAGAGCAUAUUUGGUGCAGUACAUGCAGUACCAGGGCAGUCUUCAUUCUAAACUGUAUCAAGGCAUCGAAAUCGCCAGUGUUGAUGCGUUUCAAGGACGCGAAAAGGACAUCAUCAUCAUGUCUUGCGUUCGGUCGAACGAACACCAGGGAAUUGGUUUCUUAAAUGACCCGCGUCGUUUGAAUGUAGCUCUGACCAGAGCCAAGUACGGCAUCAUCAUUGUGGGCAAUCCGAAAGUGUUGGCGAAACAGCCACUGUGGAACCACCUGUUGAACUUCUACAAAGAGCGCAAAGUGCUCGUCGAAGGAUCGCUGAACAAUUUGAAGGAGUCAAUGAUUCAAUUUGUCAAACCAAAGAAAAUCGUCAACACAUUGAACCCGGGGACUCAUUUCAUGUCCAACGCGAUGUACGAUGCCAAAGAGGCGAUGGCCGUUGGUUCGUUUUACGACAAAUCCGGUUCGAUGGGCUACAAUCCGCAUGGUGGUCACGGCAAUGCUCAUAUGCACCAUCAGCCACCGAUGCAGAUGCCAUACAAUCGCAAUCCACAACUGGAUAUGUUUGCUCGCACCCACGAUUCGAUCAGUUACAUAUCGCCGGAACGCGCACAGGCGACAAUGAACAAUAUGCCCGUUCCGGUCGGAAUGUUCAUGAAUAUGGGCAACAUUCCGCCACGAUUUUACAAUCAACAUCAACAGGCCGUUCAGGCAUCGAAACAGAGCCGUCGCAAACCGAUGCCGAUCAACAAAACGUCACGUACGCAUGGCGGUGGUAGUCAAAAUCAUCCGUUGACACAAGGAAUGUCACAGAAUAUGAGCCAGCCGGGUUUCAGUUUGUCGCAGCAUGGUGAUUUGUCGCAAGAUUUUAUGGCCGAAUAUCAGUCGCAAAUGGAUGGCAUUCUGUCGCAGGAUUCUAGCUUUCAGCAGAGUCAAGGCAUGGAUCGCUUCACCGCUGGUAUGCAACAAUCAAAUCAAUUCUCCCAACCAUACUGAUAACACCGGAACGAUGCGUUGAACUACACAAAAUUGAUUUAUAGAAGAAAAACACACAAAAUUUAACGUUUUUUGGGUCGUGAGAGGUUUCAUGAGAAAUUCGCUUAUUAUUACGAUUGAAAAUCAUUGAAAAGUUGCAAAACAACAACAAACCAAAGUAGCAAUAUCUCGAUUAGAGAGAGAGAGACAGACAGAGAGAGAAGAGAGAGGGAACAAAGAGCCUAAAAUAUGAAGAAGAAAAUACAUUGAAGAUUACAACCGCAUUGCUUUUAUUAAUGCCGGAUGGAAACAGGCUUAACAUUGUGGAUGAACACACACACACACACACACACAGAUAGUGAGAUGAACAACCAAUUUGUGACAAAAGGAAAAAGCAAUUUUCCAUUUGAUUGUGUGAUGAUGGAAAAGGAAAUUUUGUUCGAAAUAAUUUGACGUAAUGAUGAGCGGGUGCAAUUUAUACAAUGAACCGGUCAAACUUAAAAGAAAACUAAAGGAAAUGAUAAAAAAAAUUUGCAAAAUCCAACAAAACUGUCUUUCACAUCGGAUACGAAGUGAACGAUUGGGAAUAAAACAAAACAAAUAAAUUGUAAAGCAAACAGGCGUCUGAACAUUUCAAGUGUACGUUGCAAGCUUUGAAUCCCCGCAAAUGUACGAAUGUUGCGAUGUGCGUUCUCUGAACGGGGACGAAAAAUCACAACGAAAUAAAAUUGGGCGACAAAGCUAUCGUUCAAUUCCACGAAACGGAAUUUGAUAGAAUGCCACUUGAUCGUUUUGUGACUGUAAAAUGCAGUCAUCGAUCCGCUAUUACAAUGACAACCAACACAGCAUCAACAUCAGCUAAAUUUUUAUUUUAUUUUUUUUUUAAGUUUUUAGUUUUUCCUCCAUCCGUUUUAAGUUUUCCGAAGCGACAAACCAAAUUUUUUGUGUUUAAAAUUUAAUUUUAACUUCACAUCUUCCUCCCCUAACACUAUCAAUCAACCAAAUUCGUCAUUUACUAAUACCCCAUCACCCCUUUCCCAUUUCAAUUUCCUUUCGAGUCACCUUUCAUUUCUUAUCUCUAGUGAUUAGAUCAUUCGAGCUAUUAAAACCCGAUGCAGAACAAUAAAAGAAAAACCGAAUUCAUCAAAACUUCUAAAGAUUUGUAUUCUGUUCCGUUUCAAUAAAAUGAUUUAAAAACCACA